AUGUUCAUAUGCAUUAUUCUCAAUCACCCUACCAGCCACCUAGAAGAGGGAUCCCUCCGGGAAUGCCUGUGGGACCUUAGACAACACCGCGGAACCAUCGGCAUGAGCUUUUUCAUCCGUCGGCUGCAAGAGGAAUGCCAGGAGAUACGGUCUCAACUCUACAGUACAUUCGUGGACCUGAUGAAAGCCUUUGAUACCGUGAAUCGCGAUUUUUAA